GUUCCACUCUUCUUUCCCCCUAGAGAAACUUCCACAAGUGGAGUUGAAACAAGUUUUACCACGAAGGUAGAAGACUUGGAAAAUGAAAUCCCCACAUAUGUGGAGGAUGAAGAGUGCUAUGAGGAUAUUCAAGAUGUGUAUGAUCAAUUGUAUUUGCAAUACCAAAAGCAACAAGAAAAGGUGCUCUCCUUGAGUGGUCGAGUAAACUCAAUUGAGGAGGAGACAAGAGCCCUUCAUCUGGACUUAGUGAAGUCCAAGGCCCUAAUUUUUGUGGCCUAG